AUGACAACUACCGCAACAGAGGCUAGGGUUCGUCCUGCCAUAGAGCCUAUACGAACCACGGGCCCUGAACUGAACAUCCGGUCAUUCCGAACACGUAUGGCCCUCAAGAGCCCAGCCUGGUCCGCCUCGCCUCUCUCGCCUCGCAGUCUCCCUCUGCCAGGGUGUCAGGAGCUGAGGGAUGAGCAGAUGCGCCAGCAUGACAAGAUGGCCGUUGACCGGCUGGAACCGCGAAGCCGUGACUCCUCCAAGCUGGAGCCGAGCCUUCGCAACGUCUCUCUGAGACCCAUCGCAGAGCUCGCCCUGCCAAGUCCCAAUACUCUACCAGCUCGUCGUUCUCCUUUAUCUGCACCCCUAUUCGCGCCGCCAGUCUACCGCAGACCAACUAUCGUGGAAGAGACGAGAAAUAUGUUGCUUCAAGGACAGGAUGGUGAACAAGGCGGUCAUCUCUCGCAGGCAUAUGAUCGCAGACAAUCCGCGCCACCGGGUGUUCUCCACGCAAGAGCUAUGCAGAUCGCCCGGCAGCGAGAACACCUCCGUCGAAGAGGUUUUAUCGACAUCGAAUACGCACGAACAUAUCUCCCUGUGCUUGCCGCCAUCAUUCUCUCCGAAAUUGUUCGACCGGGGGACACCAUCGAGCUCCCGCUACCACACCCCCGAGCCUGGGAGGACACUGUCGCGUAUAUCUACACAGGACGGGUUGCUCUCACAGAGCCUAUCCGACAAAACAUUCUUUACCUAGGAGGCAAGGUCUGA